AGUGGGGCCUCCAAUUCCCUUUCCUUAGAAGUUCGGCUCCCUCUCUAGGGCUCACUCGACUAAGUGCGCCAUUAAUUAUGAUGUCACGACCCAACGGCCGCCAGGCUGUGAGGGCGCUCUAGCCCGCCGAGCGUAUUCGCUGCCCGGCGCCUUGCGAUCGGCCGCUCUAGCCCGCCGCUGGGGGUCUGUGCUCUCUCCACUUGCCCCCUGCGUCCCACCACGUACGGUUCCCCUGAGGCUGAAGUUCCGGACACCUCGUACUGCACACGUAGCUGUCAGAGGACCCAGGGGGUGGUGGACUCAGGUCUCAUCCGCCAUGGAGCUGACCAGCCCCUGCUCCAGCUUUCAAUCAGACUUGGAUUUCUGCCCAGAUUGCGGCUCUGUGCUGCCGCUGCCUGGAGCUCAGGAUACAGUCGUCUGCCCUCGCUGCGGCUUCUCCAUAGACGUGCGAGAUUUCGAAGGGAAAGUUGUGAAGACCUCAGUUGUGUUCCACAAACUGGGGGCAGCCAUACCUACGUCUGUGGACGAGGGACCUGAAUCCCAGGGACCAGUGGUUGACAGGCGCUGCCCUCGAUGUGGUCAUGAGGGAAUGGCAUACCACACCAGACAGAUGCGAUCAGCCGAUGAAGGACAGACUGUCUUCUAUACCUGUAUCAAUUGCAAGUUUCAAGAAAAGGAAGAUUCUUGACCUUUUUUUUUUCUGGCAACUCAGCAACACUCCUCCUCCUCUUGGAAGGUGAAGACAUCGGUCCUUUGAUGACUUAUCCUUCCCCUCUGGUGCCUUGUUCUCAGAAUAAGAUCUUCACCCCCAGGGCACUCCUUCUCCAAGUUGAAUUUACUAAAGUUAUAUUUUUAUGAAACCUUGA